CUCCCAUCAUUUCAAAAUGGCGGUCUUCCAGAGAUGUUGAAUGGAGAAUUUGUGCUUGUUCGAAGCGACCUAAAAAUGAGACUGAAGACUCAGUAACAAAGCGUCGAGAAAAUGGAAGUUAUCAAUGAGAAGGCUGCCAUGCUGAGUAAUUAUGAGGUGUUUCAGUUGCUCCAAGAGACAGUCAACCAAAAUAAAGGAGACAAGUCAAAGAAACGACAGAAACACCUUGUCAACCUGUCAACAAUUUGUUAUGAGGCUCAAAAACAUCUAGAGAAAACCCCUUGUAAAAGCCAGAGUCCUGAGAUAAUUGAAGAAUUCCUCAAAGCUAUACAACCAUUUAACUUGACAAGAGUGGAGAAGCUUCAACUUUUGAACCUGAGACCAACAACACCAGUUGAAAUUCAACUGAUCAUCGAAGACAGCGAGGAGCGUCUGAAAACCGACCAAGAAAUCGAAGAACUUUUGAAUGUGAUUGCUACGAAACUUCCUGACAUUCAUGAAGAAACAGUGUCUGAAGAAAAGCAAGAAGACGAAGAAGAAAUGGCGUCGUAGACAGACAAAAUGGACUCAAGAGUUCUGUAACACUCCAAUCGAUCACGACGAAGAUAUUAAAAUGGACUCCCCAAA